AUGGAGAUCGAAAGUGCAAAUUGUAAAAGUAAAGUGUCGGAUUGUAUAGAUAUAGUGGAUUUAGAUCAGCUAUCAAUUGAAAGACCACUCAAGAUCGAUGUGGAAAUAACCGGUCUCGAGAUGCUCGUACAAGAGCUACACAGGGUGUUCUCAUACAGCCACGUAAAUAUACAGGAUGUGCAGAAACUUAUGCUCGGGUACAAGUCAGAUCCGAAGGACUGGAAAAAAUAUGCUAAAUACGAUCGUUUUCGUUACACCCGCAAUCUGGUGGACGAAGGGAAUGGUGCUUUCAACAUAAUGAUCCUCUGUUGGGGUCCAGGACAUGCGUCUGCUAUUCACGACCACGCAGACUCCCACUGCUUCAUGAAACUGCUGAGUGGCAGCUUAGAAGAAGUCAGAUAUGACUGGCCAGACAAUGUCGAACCGGAAGUCAUGAAAAAGCUGAAGAAGAAAUCGUGCCGCAGAUGCUGUUCCGAAAGCGAAAACCUUAGAAACAUGGAAAAUCUAAGUCUGGAUGCCUCCGAUACUUGUAAUAACGGCAACACGUCAAUCGAACAUACCUGUCAAGACGCGCCUGACAGCUGUCAUGCUAGUGAAAGUGACAGAUGUCAAAAUGGAGGUGAAAACGGGAACUGUCAAGACGACGACGAGUACAGUGAGCACUAUGAUAUACGGAGUAUGAAAGAAAUCGGUAGAACGCGACUAGAAGUUAACGAUGUCUGUUACAUAAAUGAUGCUCUUGGUCUGCACAGAAUGGAAAACCCAUCGUACGUAGAUGGAGCUGUAUCCUUGCACCUGUACUGUCCUCCGUUUAACAGCUGUCGCGUGUUCGAUGCCAGAACCGGUAAACCCACCGAAGUGAAAGUCACCUUCUGGUCUAUGUACGGCAAGAAGAUCAAAAGGGUUAUGGAGGCUAGUGACUUUGUUGACGGCCAGCAGUAA